AUGACUGACCCGAAUUCGAGCGAGAAAAACAUAGAUGACAAGGAUGCUGCAGCUGCGUUCUUGGCCGAUUUAUCCCUCCAGGACCAGUCACCCGAGGAGAUCGAUCUAGAAGCCGAAAAACGACUGUUAUGGAAAAUAGACCUUUUGUUGAUGCCUUUGCUGACUAUGUCGUACGGAUUGCAGUACUAUGACAAGGCUAUAUUUUCAUCAGCAUCGGUCUUUGGAUUGUUGCAAGAUAUGGUUAGCAUGAUUCUCUGCAAGCGCUCUCCUUCUAAUCUGGCCCGGCAAAAGGAUCUGGUGGUCACCUCUGGAAACCCUCCGGUAUCUUCAACUACCCGGUUCUCAACCGCGACUGCCGCAUUCUACUGGGGGUUCCUAGCCGCAUCCUACCCAAUGUCCUUUCUUCUCCAGAAAUUCCCUGUAGGCAAAACACUUUCACUAAUGGUCAUUCUAUGGGGAAUUAUCGUCAUGCUCACUAUUGUAGUGACAUCUUACCCCGGGAUCGUAGUUCAGCGCGUUUUUCUCGGCGUGGUCGAAUCAGCGGUGUCACCUGGGUUUGUACUCGUUAGCUCAAUGUGGUACAAGCGGAGUGAACAACCAGUACGCAUAGGUAUCUGGUACUCUGCAACCGGUUUGUUCUCCAUUUUCUCGGGGGCGGUCAACUAUGGUAUUGGGAAGAGUGCUCAAAAUGCACGUUUGGCGACUUGGAAGUACAUAUAUAUUUGCUGGACGAUAGCGUGGGGAAUCUUACUCUUCUUUCUCUUGCCUGACAACCCCAUGUCAGCUCGCCUUUUCUCCCUUGAGGAGCGAAAGCUUGCUGUUCGACGUCUACGGGACAACAUGACAGGCGUCGAGUCCAAGAAGUUCAAGCGCAGUCAAUUCAUAGAGGCCAUCAUGGAUAUCAAGAUAUGGAUAUUCAUGUUGAUGGGUGCAGCGUUGUAUGUUACGAAUGGGGGAGUCACUGCCUUUGGUGCCCAAAUUGUCAAGUCAUUCGGAUACAGCUCGCUCAAAACGAUAUUGAUGCUUACUCCCGGGGGUGCGACAACAGCCGUCAGCAUUUACAUCACCGGGUGGAUAGUUACUAGAUGGAAGAAUUCACGCACACUACUGAUACCGAUAACUUGCAUGCCAGUAAUGGUUGGAGCCAUAAUCAUUUGGAAGUACGACUGGAGCCAUAGGGGUCCACUUCUCGUUGGCUACUAUUUAUUAGCAAUAUUUGGAGCCCCGUACGUGCUCCUACUGAGCCUUUCGACAGCAAAUGUCGCGGGUCACACCAAAAAAACGUUCUCAGCUGCAGCCAUCUUUAUUGGGUACAACGUCGGGAACAUCGUUGCUCCAUACCUCAUCGACACCACGACACGUGCCCAGCACUAUCCCAAAGCCUGGAUCAGCAUCAUAGUUGUGAUGGUGUUCUCGUCCAUCGCUUCGCUCGUGCUGAGGGCAAUGUAUAUCGCAGAGAACAAGAAACGGGACAGUAUCACCCGACCAGAAGUGAAGUACAGCGGGUACAACGAUGAGAAGCAUGACGAGAGGGAGAGGCAAAAUGAUAGAGAGGCAGAAGGGGCUGCUUGGAGCGACUUGACCGACAAGCAGAAUCCUUACUUUCGCUAUGUCUAUUAG